GCGGGGCCGCGGGCAGGGGCGGGGCCGCGGGCAGAGGCGGCUCCGACACCCACCGCCAUCUGGCCUAGCCGGCGCCAUGGCCGGGGGACGCGCGGGAGCGCAGCUGCCGCAUCUCAGCAAGAUGGAGCGAGUGGUCGUGAGCAUGCAGGACCCCGACCAGGGCGUGAAGAUGCGGAGUCAGCGCCUGCUCAUCACCGUCAUUCCGCACACGGUGGCUGGCGGCGACAUCGCGGAGUGGCUGAUCCAGAAAUACUGCCUCUCCGAGGAGGAGGCCCUGCACCUGGGCACCCUCCUGGUGCAGCACGGCUACCUGUACCCUCUGCGCGACCCCCGCAGCCUUGUGCUCCGGCCCGACGACACACCCUACAGGUUUCAGACGCCCUAUUUCUGGACGAGCACCCUGGGGCCAGCCACGGAGCUGGACUACGCCAUCUACCUGGCCAAGAAGAACAUCCGAAAGCAGGGGGCCCUGGUCGGCCAUGAGAAGGAGCACUAUGACCAGUUGCACAGGAAGAUGAACCACGCGUGGGACCUGGUGGUGGUGCAGGCCAGGGAGCAGCUACGGGCAGCUAAGCAGCGCAGGAAGGGGGACAGGCUGGUUAUCGCGUGCCAGGAGCGGACGUACUGGCUGGUGAACAGGCCCCCGCCGGGCAUCCCUAGCGUCCUGGAGCAAGGUCCAGAGCGCAGCUCCUGCGCCGCCGCCGGGCGAGCGCAGCUGAGCCCGGAGUUCUACAGGCAGGAGGUGGAGCGCUGCAGGAAGGCGCUGGCCAGGGCCCGGGUCAAGUCCUCCGUCUGCCUCGAGGCGUACCUGAACUUCAGCAGCCAGCGUGGCCCGCACGACCCCUUCCUGUCGGGCUGCCUGCCCAGCAACCCCUGGGUCACGGACGACGACACCUACUGGACGGUGAAUGCGCCCAGCGUGGCGGUGCCCACAAAGCUCCGCGUGGAGCGGUGGGGCUUCAGCUUCCAAGAGCUCCUGGGAGACCCCGUGGGACGGGCCCAUUUCUUGGCCUUCCUGGGGACGGAGUUCAGUGCCGAGAACCUCAGCUUCUGGGAGGCGUGCGAGGAGCUGCGCUACGGAGGGCAGGCCCAGGUCCCCGCGCUGGUGGACUCGGUGUACCAGCAGUUCCUGGCCCCCGGCGCCGCCCGCUGGGUGAACGUGGACAGCCGCACGAUGGAGAGCACGCUGGCGGGACUGCGGCGGCCACACCGCUACGUGCUGGACGACGCGCAGCUGCACAUCUACAUGCUGAUGAAGAAGGACUCGUACCCGCGGUUCCUGAAGUCGGCAGCGUACAGGGACCUGCUGGCGGUCGCCGUGGUCCCCGCGGAGGCCAGGAGACGGGCCUUUCCGUUCCUGCGGAAGCCGCCACACCCGAGCCCCAGCCCCACGCUCCUUCCCGCCUCCACAUCUGCAGAGCCUGUGGCUGCUGCAAGUGACUCUGCGUGCGGGGACAGGGGCACCUAGGUGGGCACCAGUGGGGGGCGGCCUGGCGGCUUCUGAGACCCGCGCCCGGUGUCCCCCUCUGCCCGAGGGCACGUGGGCCUCGUGGGCUCCCUUUGCCCCGUUCGAGCCCUCCCCUCCCCAGACGCACCGGCCCAGACGUGCUUCCCGGGACGAUGUCCGCACGUGAACUGGGUGGCCUGGAGCCUCGGGGACGAUGCGGGCCCAGCUGGGUGGGCCCCAUGAACCCCACGAGCCCCGGCGGCAUCUUGCACUCCCAUGGAUGGACCGGCUGGUGAACCGCAGGGCGUCUCCAGCAGGUGGCUCGUCGGGAGGAAGUGCGGGCUCCGGGGCAGAUACACCCUCCACGCUGUGCUGCAUGGCCUCGGGGACCCCCUUGCCAUGCCCCCAGUUCCUGCCCUUCAGCCAGCCCAGAGCCAGCCUCCCGUGUCCCGCCCACUCUGUGGCUGUCACUGCGAGUCCCACUUCAGCUGCAGGGACACAUCUAGCAGGUGUCCUCGAGGCUGUGGCUCCCGGCUCGGGGCAGGGGAGGCCCCUGGGGAAAGGAGCGGGUGCCUGAGCUGGAGUGAAGUACCCCUGCUACCCUUCCCGGUCCUGCCCAGUCCUGGCCUGGAAAUAAAAGACCCUUGGUCCUCAC